AUGGAAGAAAGGAACGCAUUUUAUGAAAAGUUGGAUGAAUACUAUAAAUUUAAAUCUACAAAAAAACCGUUCACUAAAUGUGCUCAAUUACAGAUGAUUUCUAAAAUAGAAAUGGCAAUAAUCAAAACGCAAGUAAUUUUGGACAUAAAUAGAUAAAAUUUAAAAUUAAACUUAAAUUUAAUUAAAUCAAGUAUAAAUUUUAACACAUUUAAAUAACCAUAAAAACUACUUGAUAAGUGAUAAACAUUGUCAUCUUGUUUACUAUUAUUUAUAUUAACAGUGGAAAAAACAUCGACGACAAUAUUAUCUAUUAUCUACAUAUGACGUAUUAAGUAUUGCAGAAGAAAAGUUUUUAAUACACAAACAAAAUGCAGCUGAUGAAAAAAUAAGGUAAAUUAAUAUAAUAUUUGUACGUAUAUUAUUUUUUUUGUCUGUGCCGCGAAUGUGUUGAAUAGAACUAUAUUUUUUUCAGCACAUAUUUUAACGAAUUAUUUUUCUGAAAAAAAAUGUUUCGAUUUAGAUAUUUGGUAUAUUACGAAGAUCUAUUUAAUAAAAUUAAAGUAUUUCAUAUUAGGACACAACAUGGAACUAAUGUGAAAUGACGAAAUGCGUUACAUGAUACUUAUUAUGUACCGAAACCACCAAUUUAAUUUUUUUUAACAGUGUGUGAAACGUAUAAUUGUAAAAACCAAUGAAUAGAAAACUUAUAAUAAAACCAAUCAUAAUUGAUGAUUUCAAUUAAAGAGCACAAAUUUAUAUGGUAGAUUUUCGGUCGGUAACAGAUGGCAAAUAUAAAUGUAUACUAAAUUACCAAGACUACGCAACAAAAUUUGUAAUUCUUAGACCAUUAGCAAAAGAGCAAUUGAAGUCGCUAAUGAGUUACCUGUCUAUAUUGUUGACAUUUGGAGCUCUAAAAAUAUUACAGAGUGACAAUGACCACGAAUUUGGAAAUCUUGUAAUCCAUGAACAUAAAGACCUUUGGCCAGAAUGUGUUAUCGUGCAUGGUUGCCCUAGAUACCCUGAAAGUUAAGGAAGUAUUGAAAGGUUUAAUCAGGAUGUAGAACACAUUCAUGCACGAUCAUAGAUGGAUGAUAAUGAAUCCAAAAAGUGGAGCAUUGGAUUAAAUUUUGUUCAGUUCCAAAAAAAUAGUUAAUUUUAUCGAACAAUUGGACGUAUACCUUAAAAAGCUUUAUUUGGGAUUGACCCAAAAUAGACUAAGUACAUCAAAUUUGCCAUCUGAUCUUUUGAAAAAAUUAACAACGAAAGAAGACCUCAAACGUAUAUCUCAAGUAAAAGAAAUUGAAAAACGUUUAAUUACCUGCAGCAUUUGUAAAACUGAAAAUAAUGAAAUUAUUUGUCAAUUAUGCGAUUUAAGUAAAAAAAAAUACAAAUUUAACGUGAACGUAGACAUGAAAGUCAAAUUAUAUAAGCAUAGAAAAUGAUCAAGAUAGAUGAUAAAAUACAGUUAUAAUAUACUUUUGCUUUUUAAAUUUAUUUUUAACAGGGAAACAAAAAAAGAACUGACGAUUUUGAAGUUAAUCAGUGCGUUGAAUUCUGAGAACCGAAAGUUGACAGGGGACCUACAGAUGAUCAUGACAAUGUUAAUCGUCAUGUAA